AUGAUCGUUGGAAAUUUCAACCUUCUCCGCUGCCCCACCGACAAAAACACGCCUAAUUUCGACCUCUCCCUCGCUAACGCUUUCAACGACUCCAUCCGCUCGCUGGCUCUUUUUGAGCUGCCCCUGCUUGAUCGUUUGUACACUUGGUCGAACAAACGUGAGACGCCUACCCUCGCCCGCCUCGACCGAGCCCUUUUCAAUCAAGCAUGGAAUUUGGCUCUUCCCAACUCCUCCCUCUCCUCCCUCCCUCGUCCCACCUCCGACCAUUUUCCCCUCCUCGUCACUGCCUCCACUAAAAUUCCCCGGGCGGCAUGCUUUCGGUUCGAGAAUUCUUGGCUGAAAAACCCCCUUUUCCUCCCCUCUACUCUUCCUGCCUGGGACAGUCCUCUGACCAUCAUUGACGCUGCUGGAGAUCUCGCUGCUCGCCUCAAGUCUUUCCGCAACGCUGCCAAGGUCUGGAAAUGCACCCACCACUUCAACCCAAAAUUCCAAAAUAAUUGCUCUUUUGUCAUCGAUUUACUUGAUCUUUUUGAAGAGACUCGGCCUCUUUCGGCGGAGGAGCUUGCUUUGCGUGUGUCGUGCAGGGACACUUUGGAGCGGCUGAUCCUGGAGCGCGCUGCCCAUUGGAAGCAGCGCGGGAAAUUUCGUGCCAUUGUGGAGGGCGACGAAAACACCCGGUUCUUCCAUGCCCGUGCGUCGCAACGGAUGCGUCACAAUUCCAUCCGCUCGCUGGACAUUGACGGAGCGGUCGUCGUCUCCCACGAGGCGAAAGCGGCUGCUCUCCACUCCUUCUACGGCGAGCUCCUCGGCCGCGCCACCGACGCGGUCUGGGACGCCGCUGGCCCAGACGGGUUUGGGCCGUCCUUCUACCGUGCGGCAUGGUCCACGGUCCGUGGCAGCUUGCUGCGUCUCUUCGAAAAUUUCCAUUCCCGCGCGGCGGAGCUGGAGCGGAUCAACCGAUCCCACGUUGUGCUGCUGCCGAAGGCGGCGGGGUGCCUGUCGCCGGGCUCGUUCAGGCCGGUCUCUCUCCAGAACUGCAGCAUCAAGACGCUGUGCAAAGCCCUCACCGUACGGCUGCAGCGCCAGAUCGGGCGGCUCAUCGACGUCGACCAGACUGGCUUUCUCGCCGGUCGGAGCAUCUCUGAGACCUUUGUUUACGCGACGGAGCUUGUGCAAACCUGCUUUUGCCGCCACGCGCCCUGUGUCGUCCUCAAGCUCGACUUCGCCAAAGCUUUCGACUCGAUCAAUUGGGCGAGCCUGCGCAAGGUGAUGCUUGCCCUGGGCUUCCCCAAGCUGUGGUGUGAUUGGAUGGACGACCUCUUCACCUCCUCCCGCUCCGCUGUCCUGCUUAAUGGCAUCCCCGGCAAAUGGAUCAAGCUCAUGCGUUGGCUCCGAGGCUGGUGCAGCGCGACGGUGCGCUCCAGCACCCCCUGCCCCAUCCUCCAAUAUACGGACGACACACUCAUCAUCCUCCGUGCGGACGCGGCCGUGGCUCGUCGUCUUCGGCUGCUGCUCGAACAAUUUGGAGCGGCGACGGGGCUUCGCAUCAACUUUCAGAAAAGCACGCUGGAGCCCAUGCAUGUUCCUCCUCCGCUGCUGGCCGAGAUCCAAGGUGUGCUCCAAUGUCGCGUGGAGGGCUUCCCGCAGACGUACCUUGGCCUGCCUCUCUCCGCCGAGAAACUGCGGCUCGCGGCUUUCUCGCCGCUCAUUGCAAAGGUCGACAAGUAUCUGUCCGGGUGGCGGGUGCUCCUCUUGUCGCCGGGAGGGAGCAUCGUUCUGCUCAACGCCGUGCUGGACGCGCUCCCCACCUUUGCCAUGGGUGCCCUGGAGCUCCCGCCAAGGGUUACUACGGCCCUGGACAGGCUUCGUCGUGCUUUCCUCUGGGCUGCCACGGACCGUGUCACCGGUGCCAAGUGUCUCGUGGCCUGGGAAUCGGUGUGCCGCUCGAAGGAAGAAGGUGGGCUUGGCGUCCGCUCCUUGCCUGUCCAAAAUGCCUGCCUGCUCACCAAGCUGCUCCACCGUCUCCACUGCGCUCUAGAUGAAUCUUGGCUCCGCUGGGUCUGGCGCAGCCUUGAUGGGCUGCCGCUUGAUGAUGCUGCCCGCUCCACUCCGCUCACCGGCACGCACUGGGCGGAUGGCAAACGGACCUCGUUCUGGCGCGACCACUGGCUCCCGCUGGGCACCCUCGAGUCUGCCAUGCCAGAGCUGUUCUCCCACUGUUCGUCCCCGUCCGCGACAGUUCGGCACGUCCUGGAUGCGGGGCUGGACUCGACUCUGGUGGCGCGUCUCUCGGCGACGGCUACCAGACAGCGUGAGACGCUCCUCCCCAUUCUGUCGCGCGUGAGGCUCACUAAUGGAGCCGACUCGCGCUCUCUCCCGCUCUGCGCCCGCGGAGAGCGUCUGAGCACCUCCUCGCUCUAUCGGCUCUGCACCGACGGCGGCGUCCGCGACGUCCACCACCCCUUCGUCUGGUGCAACUCCGCCCCAGCACGGGUCCGUUUCUUCGCCUGGCUGCUGGUCAGAGGGCGAAUCCAGUGUUGUUCAAAUCUGCUACGCAAGGGCAUCCUUGACAAGCACGGCAGCCACUGCCCCAUCUGUGAUGACCCCUUGGAGACACCUGACAACAUCAUGUUUGGGUGCGAGUUCGCCUGCCGUUUUUGGUCUCUGCUGGGCGCCGAUGCUGCCGCUACUCACAAGGUGACGGAGGCGUCAAACUGCCCCCUCCCUCCCUCGGCUCCGGCGGGUUCUGCUACGACGCUGUGGCUGCUCUGCCUCUGGCACCUUUGGAAGCAUCACAACGCAGUUGUUUUCAACGGGCUCGCUCCCUCUCUUUCCCUGGUGCGUAAGAACUGCAGAGACGACGCCGUGCUCUGGCAUGCUCGUCUUCCCAUGGAGCAGCGCGCCGACGUUGACCUCUGGCUCACCUACUUACUCCCUGUUCGGUUCUAG